CAAUCCUUCCUGACCUGCACACGACAUUGCUACUACACACCGACACACGACGUCUAGUAGCACGUCCAAUAGCACCGCCAUGGCCGGGCAUCGCAGCACGUAUUCCAACAUCGACUCGGGCGCGCCGUACCAGAAUGGCGCGUACAGUUCCUCCCAGUGGCUCGAGAAACAGCAGUCAAGCAGCCGCAAGUCCAGAUUCAUCGUCAUCGGCUCUGUCGUCGCUCUUGUAGUGCUCAUCGCUGCCGGCGUCGUCAUCGGCGUCGUCGUCUCAAAGCAUAACAGCAGCUCGAGCUCCAAGAAGGCUGCGAGCGGCGACUCGACCUCGGGAUACGCAGUCGGCCCCUACGGCGUCGUCAAACAGACGGACAAAAACGACCCGAGCACGUUCAUCAAGGAUGAUGCGCUCAAGCAGUCCUUCUACGGCCUGGCCUACACCCCCGACAACUCUCAGCUCCCUAACUGCGGCAACUCCCUCGAUGCUGUGAUUGAGGACAUCCAGCUCAUCUCCCAGCUGACCACGCGCCUCCGUCUCUACGGCGCCGACUGCAACCAAUCUGCGCUCGUGCUCGAGGCGAUCAAGCAGACCAAGGUCAAUGUCACCGCGUGGCUCGCCGUGUACAACGUCCCGAACAACGCGACUGCGUAUGAGGAGCAGCGUGACAAGGUCCUCGACGCGGUCAAGACGUACGGCACCGACCACAUCGGCGGUGUCACCGUCGGCAACGAAUUCAUACUCGACUUCAUGGGAGCAAACAGCGGCGGCACUGACCCGAACGGCGCGGUUGGCGACGCUGGCGCGGCGCUCCUGAUCGCGAACAUCACCGACAUGAAGAGCCAGCUCUCCAGCCUGGGCCACUCUGUCCCGGUCGGCACGUCGGACGCGGGCUCGUACUUCAACGACAAGGUCCUGCAGAGCGUCGACUAUGCCUUGUCGAACAUCCACGCGUGGUUCGCGAACGUGUCUAUCGCGCAGGCUGGGAGCUGGACGUACACGUUCUUCGAGGAGGAGAACGUUGCUGUCGCCCAGGGCCUCUCGAACAAGCCUGACUUCGCCAUCGGCGAGACUGGCUGGCCUACGAACUCGACGACGCAGGCUGCGAUGAGCGACGGUCCCUCGACUGCGUCCGAGGCGAACCUGCAGACGUUCAUGAACGACUUCGUGUGCGGCUCGAACAAGAACGGCACGGAGUACUUCUUCUUCGAGUUCGCCGACGAGGACUGGCAGAGGGAACAGUUUGGCGGUGUCGAGGGGUACUGGGGACUCUUCCACGACAACCGGACCCUCAAGGGCAUCACCAUCCCCGACUGCUGAACGCGCUGCGCCUCCCGUUCCGUCUCCUCUCAUAUAUCCGCACUAGAUCGAUUUGCAUCCCCGUUCGCGUUCUUGUCCCCAUACCUCUCCCUCCCUACUACCAUUCGCAUUCUCGAACAUUGAACCCUCUUCAUAGGUGACCCGGACACCUCCCAUCACAGUCUAGUCGAACUUGCGUUCGCACUUGAUAAACCUUGACACUCAAUACCCGCACGCGCCCCCCUACCCUGUCCGG